CAUAGUGAUCGUACUCAGGCAGAACUAACAGACCGCCGCAGAUUGCUGCUUUGUUCUCAGACAGAGCUGAAAGAUAGCGGGAGAAUGGGGCGCUGGUUUCUCUGGGGCUUUCUAUUGCUGUUACAAGUUUGCGGCUUCGGUUCGGCUGAUGAAGAGUGGAAGAAAAUUCGAGAAAAGGUGUCAGAAGCUGUUAAUGGAUACACGCCGUGCAACCCUGUCAACUGCAGCUGCCAUCUUAGUGUCCUCCACAAUGACCUGAAGCUCUUUGAAAGGGGAAUCUCUCAGGAUGUCAUGGCAGCUACUGUUCAGAAAGGAGUGGGCACACACUACCAGAUCAUUGGACACAAACUAUACCGAGAGCAUAACUGCAUGUUCCCUGCAAGGUGCAGUGGAGUGGAACAUUUCAUACUGGGGGUGAUUGACAGGCUGCCUGACUUGGAGAUGGUGGUAAAUGUGAGGGAUUACCCCCAAGUCCCCAACUGGGUGCAACCAAUUCUGCCUGUCUUCUCAUUCAGUAAGACACCAGAAUAUCAGGACAUCAUGUACCCAGCGUGGACAUUUUGGGAGGGCGGGCCUGCCGUGUGGCCCAUAUACCCUACUGGACUGGGGAGAUGGGAUCUGAUGAGGGAUGAACUGAAAAAGUCUGCAGCACAGUGGCCAUGGAAGAAGAAAGAUACUCGAGGAUUCUUCAGAGGCUCCAGAACGAGCCCAGAGCGUGACCCCCUUAUUCUUCUGUCCAGAGAAGCUCCCGAUCUUGUUGAUGCAGAGUACACCAAGAACCAGGCCUGGAAGUCAGAGAAGGACACACUUGGUAGACCCCCAGCUAAAGAAAUCCCCCUGGUUAAUCACUGUAAAUAUAAAUAUUUAUUCAACUUCCGGGGUGUGGCGGCAAGCUUUCGCCUCAAACAUCUCUUCCUGUGCGGUUCGCUGGUCCUUCAUGUGGGUGAUGAAUGGCAGGAGUUCUUCUACCCUCAGCUCAAGCCCUGGGUCCACUACAUCCCAGUUAAGCAGGACCUGUCUGAUGUCAGGGAGCUGCUCCAGUUUGUCAAAGAAAAUGAUGUUAUCGCACAGGAGAUCGCCUCCAGGGGUCAGGAAUUCAUCCUCAACCACCUUCAAAUGGAAGAUAUUUCCUGCUACUGGGAGAGACUCCUGGCUGGGUUUGGCCAGCUUCUCACCUUUAAACCUGAAAGAAAGAGCAACUACAAACAGAUUGUACAGAAACCUAUCAAAACGGAGCUUUAAACUCUGCAGGACCAGGGCAGAUAUUGUGAAGGAGAAUCAACAGUAACGAAUAUUUUCGCCUGGAGUUUAAGUUAUUUUAUUUUACUGAUUGUGUCACAGUUUUAGAAAAAAAAUCACAGUUUUAAAACUUUGUUUCAUAUAUAUUUGUAGUUUGUUCUCCAAACAGCCACUAGAGGGCUUGUGUAUCUACAGUGUACUGGUUCAUAGAGAUAAUUUAAGGUCAGUAAUUGCUUUUUCUCUGUUUAUUGAUCUUUGAUACAGUAUAGUGGCCAUAAUCAACUGCUCAACCUCUUUAAAUAGUAGGAAGUACUUCUGUUAGGAGACAAAGUAGUUCAGGAUCAUUGUUUGGCUCAAAGGUGAAUCUGUCCCAUUCUCAAGUCUUUUGCAUUGUCCAACAGGAUUUCUAUCAAUUGUACUUUGGUUUUAGCUCCAUAUAUCUUUCCAACAACUCUGACCAACUUCUCUCCCCCUGAUGAAAGCAAAGGAUCCCAGAGCAUGAUGCUCCCACCAUCAGGUGUCAUGGUGGGGUGAUCUUCAGUCUUAGAUUACCACCCUGGGUGGCAAUUUGUCUUGUAGGCCUUCAUGAUGAUGUAUAUUAACUAAUGUUGUCUAACUAAUUGUACAUCUGAGGCGAGAGAAAAAUAUUUAAAGGUAAACUUUACAGAAAAAUUGGACAUAAAUGAGGGCUGGAAAGGUGGAAAAAUGUAGUUUAUUAACCUAAAAGAAAGGUUUAUCCUAAUAUUUUGAAGAAUGUAUCUCGCUGCUUUCUGACAGGGUUUUUUUGGACUUGAAAAAUAUUGAAGACUGGUGUUUCCUUUUACACAAAGUGCCAAGAGAAAGCAAUAGUUUUCAUGUAGAUGUUUCUUAUGCUAGAGGUUUAACAAAUUUCAUGUCUUUUUGUGAAUUAAGUGUGUCAGGGAUGGUGUUUAGAUUUGAUUGAUGAAAUCAGUACAGCAGGAUUAUAUUGAAUAUGUUGUAGUAUUUGUACUGUCCUGCUAGGUAGACCCAUGCUUAUGUUGGCUUAUUUAGUUACGAGUUUGUGAAUUUGUGAUCUGAUUUGACCAAAGAAGCUCUCAUCAUUGUGUGAAUAUAAUUAUGGUUGUUUUCAGUUUGUUUCUUUAUAACAGUAAAUUUGUGAAAAUAAAAGAACUUUCAACUUGA